AUGAGUUCCUACAACUAUCAGUCAUCUCAGCUUCCUCCAGAAGGACAAUGGACUACUGGCUUUCACGAUUGUUGCCAGGAUCGUUCUCUUUGCUUGAAAACAUGUUUUUGCCCUUGUGAGACUAUGGGAGAGAUUGCUGAAAUCAUUGAUGGAGGCACUACAUCAAAGGAGAAAGCAUGUAUCCGUUACAGUAUACUUCCUGCUGGAUGGAAAGGAAUGUAUGCAGCUGGAUACAGGAGAAGAUUGAGGGAAAUGUUUAAACUACCAGAGGAGCCACACACUGACUGUAUCGUUCACCAAUGUUGUUGCGUCUGUGGCCUUACCCAAGAGUAUCGUGAGCUCAAGAACCGCGGAGCUGAUCCUUCGUUAGGUUGGCCGGGAAAUUUGGAGAAAUGGAAUCGUCAAGGAAUUAAAGAGCCACCGAUUACUACUCGUAUGGCUCGUUGCUAGCAUUACCUCCUUAUCUACUACCAUCAUGAUCCGACAUAUUAUGUGAUUCUUGAUCACUUUGUAUAUGUAUUAAUGUAUGUGUGGGUUGUAUAUCGUUUCGAUGGUUCAAUUGUUGGGUUGUAUAUAUACCUGUACUGCAUUUGAUGAUCGGUAUUGUUCCUCGUAUGAAUACAUGAGACUCAGUAGAACUAUAGUCAGUCUGAUAAGUGCCAUUUUCUGGCUCUUUUGGGCUAAAUUUUA